CUUCUUUAAUUCACAAAGCACUUUCUCACUCAUACACACACACUCUGUUUUAUCUUCUUUUAUUACAGAAAAUGGAACUGUCGACUCAGAUGAAUGUGUUCGAAGAGCUUCUUGUUCAGACAAAGCAAGAAACUACCGACAACAUCAACACCAACAUCAACAAUAUGAGCUUCAGUGGCGGAUUUGAUCAUCAUCAUCACCAUCAACAAUUAUUCCCAAAUGGAUGGAAUAUUGAUUACCUCUGCUUCAACAACGAAGAAGAAGACGAAAAUACCCUUCUGUACUCUUCAUCUUUCAUGGAUCUAAUCUCUCAACCUCCUCCAUUGCUUCUUCACCAAACACCACCAUUACCACCACCCUCCUCCUCAUCUCCGCCGUUAACAUCCUACGUGGCCGCAACAUUUGACUACCCUUUUCUUGAGGCGUUACAAGAGAUUAUCGACUCUUCCUCCCCUUCACCUCCAUUGAUGCUUCCAACUUCUCAAGAAGAUAGCUUCAUUAAUCCUACUUCCUAUCCAUCUCCAUUGAUCGAGUCUGACCAGAGUAAAAGCUUUAGUGUUGGUUACUGUGGAGGAGGAGGAGAGACAACUAACAAGAAGAAGAGCAAAAAGCUUGAAGGCCAACCUUCAAAGAAUCUCAUGGCCGAGAGACGUCGAAGAAAACGACUUAAUGAUCGACUCUCUAUGCUCCGUUCCAUCGUUCCCAAAAUCAGUAAGAUGGACAGGACAUCGAUAUUAGGAGAUGCCAUAGAUUACAUGAAGGAGCUUUUAGACAAAAUCAACAAAUUGCAAGACGAGGAACAAGAACUUGGAAAUAGCAAUGGCUCACAUCAUUCUAAGCUGUUCGGUGAUAUCAAGGAUCUCAAUACAAACGAACCUAUGGUCAGAAACUCACCAAAGUUUGAAGUGGACCGGAGAGUUGUAGAUACUCGGGUUGAUAUAUGUUGCUCUCCCAAACCGGGACUGCUUCUAUCAACUGUUAAUACAUUAGAGACGCUAGGCCUGGAGAUUGAACAAUGUGUUAUAAGCUGCUUUAGUGAUUUCUCUUUGCAGGCUUCUUGCUCCGAGGCAGCUCAGCAGAGAGAUUUCGUCACCUCGGAAGAUAUAAAGCAAGCACUAUUUAGAAACGCAGGUUAUGGAGGAAAUUGCUUGUAAGGCGUUUAAAAAAAAACUAAUAAACGAAAAUAUUAUUUUGUUUUAAUGAUAUUAGCACUUUGAAGAUUAGAGGAAGUUUGGUGUUUAUUUUCCUUUUUGUUUGUAUUUUUCUAGGGAAAACAUUAUGAGUUGUAAGAUUUUAAAAGGAAAUAAAAGAUAAGACAGAUGUUUUCUUGGAGCAUC